CUCAGCCAGGCACCGUCCGGUCCGAAAUCCCUCACUGUAUAAACUUGAAGCAGAAACCUGGACCCGAACUGUAGCGAGGAGGGGAAUGACGACGGCGACGAGGCUGAUAGCCAAGAGAUCCAGCAAGUACUUGGAGGAGGCGCUGUACAAGAGACUCUUCCGUGAGGGAAGCUCACCGCCGAGCAUCAGAAAGGAGCUUACCCUCUUCCUUAAGAGCCGAAAGCGCGUUUUCAAAUGGGAGGUCGGAUUAUCCAUCCGCAAGCUUCGGGAACGAAAACGCUUCCUUCCAGCACUUAAGCUUCAAGAAACUAUGGCGAAGAGAGGCAUGAACUUGACACUCAGUGAUCAUGCAAUCCAGCUAGAUCUUGUAGCCAAGGCCAGGGGACUUAGUGCUGCAGAGGAAUACUUUGUCAAGCUCCAAGACCAUGCUAAAAACCAUCUAACUUAUGGGGCGCUACUCAAUUGCUACUGCAAGGAACUGAAAACAGAGAAAGCAGAAGCCCUCGUAGAAAAGAUGAAAGAGUUGAAUUUCAUGUCCAGUUCAAUGGCCUACAACAGCUUAAUGACCCUCUACUCAAAAACCAAUCAACCUGAAAGGAUUCCCAAUAUCAUACAAGAAAUGAAGGCUAAUGACAUCCUACCCGAUUGUUACACCUAUAACAUUUGGAUGAGGGGCCUUGCUGCCAUGAAUGACAUAUCUGGGGUGGACAGGGUCAUUGAAGAGAUGAAGAGAGAUGGCCGGAUUUCGGCAGAUUGGACUACAUAUAGCAACCUGGCAUCCAUCUAUGUUGAUGCUGGCAUGUUUCAGAAAGCUGAAGUAGCUCUGCUAGAGCUGGAAAAGAGAAAAUCACUUUCAAACCUCGAGGCUUAUCAAUUCUUGAUCACACUUUAUGGUCGAACUGGUAAUCUUGUUGAAGUUCAUCGCAUAUGGCGUUCUCUGAAGCUGGCUUUCCCUAAGACCCCAAAUAUUAGCUAUUUAAAUGCGGUUCAGGUGCUCGUGAAGCUGAAGGAUAUGCCAGCUGCUGAAGCAUUAUUCAAGGAAUGGGAAUCGCAGUGCUCAACAUAUGAUAUGCGGGUGGCCAAUGCGUUAAUUGGGGCUUAUUUAAAGGAAGACAUGUUAGAGAAAGCUGAAGCUUUUAAGAAGAGAGCAAAGAAGAGAGGUGGAAGACUAAAUUCCAAAACAUGGGAGAUCUUCAUGGACUACUACAUGAGGAAAGGAGAUAUGAAGAUGGUACUGCGGUGUGUCGAUCGUGGAGUGAAGAAGGGUAGAAGCCAUGGGAGGAUCUGGGUGCCGAAGAAUGAAGUUAUUAUGGCAUUGAUGGCUUAUUUUGAGCAGAAGAAGGCUGUAAAGAGUGCGGAGAAAUUGAUUGAGCUUUUAAAGAUGGUGCAGAAUGAUCUGGGAGAAGAGGUUUUUGAGGCCCUUGUAAAGGUAUAUGCAGCUGCUGGAAAGACGAGCCCCGGCUUGCGGCGACGAUUGAAGAUGGAGAAUGUGGUGAUAAGCGAUGAGACAGAAAAGUUGCUUCAAACGGUCUGUGUGGAAUAGUAAAGCAUUGCCUUGAAGAAAAUGGUUAGAACUAUCUUAUUAUAAUUUCUUUGAUUUUUGCAGCCUUCAUGCUUCUUAAUGAAAUUUUGUUUUAUAGAAAAUUUUGUUCACUUUGAUGAACUGCUGAUUGUUGAAAGAAUCAUUUGUUACCACAUAUUAAGUGCUGCUAUAAUAGCAUAUGUUUUCAGGUAAA